AUGACAUCAUCUGUGCCCACCUCUCCGCAUGGCUCCGCCCACCAGAAGGUGUGCCACUGUCAGACGCAGACGGAUGCCCUGAAGCCACUGCUGAGUGGGACAGGGCCCGGGAGCCAGACGCACCGCCGCCGCCGCCGUGUCCUGUCCAAAGACGGGCGGAGCAAUGUACGCAUUGAGCACGUGAGUGGGCGGGGAGCUCUGUAUCUGCGCGACCCCUGGACCACCUUUGUGGACAUGCAGUGGCGAUACAAGCUAGUACUGUUCAGUGCCACUUUUGUUGGAACGUGGUUCACCUUUGGACUGCUGUGGUACCUGCUGGCCCUGGUACAUGGAGACUUGCUGGAGUUUGAGCCUCCGGCCAACCACACACUUUGUGUGAUGCAGAUGCAGACUCUGACAGGAGCGUUCCUCUUCUCCUUGGAGACACAGACCACCAUUGGCUACGGCUUCCGUUGCAUCACCGAAGAGUGCCCGUCUGCUAUCGUCCUGCUUAUCAUUCAGCUCCUUAUCACCACUGCCAUGGAGAUCUUCAUCACCGGAACCUUCCUUGCAAAGGUGGCUCGGCCAAAGAAACGUGGUGAGACAGUCCGCUUUAGCCAGCAUGCAGUGGUAGCCAAUCACGAUGGGAGGCCAUGUCUCAUGAUUAGGGUGGCCAAUAUGCGCAAAAGCCUCCUACUGGGCUGCCAGGUGACAGGGAAGCUGCUGCAGCCAUGCGUGUCUAAAGAGGGCGAGACGGUGCGUCUGGACCAGAGAAACGUCACCUUCAGUGUGGACACAGCCAGCGAGAGUCCCUUCCUCAUCCUUCCCCUCACCUUCUACCACACUAUUGACAAUGACAGCCCACUUAGAGCAUGGGCAGCCAAGGGUGGGGGGUGGACAGACCCAGAGCUGGCGGAUUUUGAGCUGCUAGUGAUGAUGAGCUCUACAGUGGAACCCACCUCUGCCACUUGCCAGGUGCGCACGUCCUACCUGCCUGACGAGAUCCUCUGGGGCUAUGAGUUCCCGCCCAUCGUCUCUCUGUCUCCAAUGGGCAAAUACGUAGCGGACCUUGCCUACUUUGACAAGGUCAUCAAGGCCAAGACCCCACCCCUUUUCAAAGAGUCACCGCCUUCCAACCGUCAAAAUUACAGUAGUAGCGGAGGAGUUGAGGGAGGGGACCCAGAGAAGAUGCAGUUAGAGCAAAGUUACAGAGAAAGAGGGGAAGAGCGAGGGAGGAUGAGAGACAGUAGCCCCUUUAGCGUUAGAAUCAGUAAUGUGUAAAAACACAUACACAUUUACAUGAACAGUAUGUUCCACACUGAAUGGACUGCAUGGAACUGUACUGAUUGCAGGGUCAGAAUGAAGAAUGUACUUUAGUUUUAAUGUCAAUGACACUACUGCUAUAAAGAAGCUGCACUUUAGAGUCUCCUAAAAAAGCAACACUGGAAAUCCUUGUUAUAAUCUGGAGCUUGUUUGACACUUUAAUAUUCAGUACCUCCCUCCUCUUUCUACUAAAAUCACUGGGACUCCAUAGACAUUAGAACGAUAGUAUUUAAUUUUGGUCUGUUCAUUGUAAUUUAACAAUUUUAACCGUGUUGCCUUCAAGAAGGCAAUAGUGAAACAAUAGCUCCAUCUAGUGGUUGUACUGUACUGAACCACCUCAAGGAGUUUUGCACUGGAACCCUAGUAAUGCAGCCCAGCUGCUUUUCACUAGAGCCUUUUAUGAUCUUCCUGAAAUGCCUGGACAUUGAAUAUAAACAUUUAGCUGUUGAGGAUAUAGACAAUGAUAAUAAUGAGGAUGGCAGCAAAGAUAACGAUGACAGUGUAAUGACUGUGUUGACAUUGAAAUGCAUGUUAGUUCUGAUGAGGACUGAAAGUGUGUUUACAAUUGGACAGAAUGUUUCUGUAUGUUUCAGUAUGAAGCUGCUUAGCUAUUUCUGAUGAUCACAUCAUUUUUUAUGAAUUGUGACAAUUUGACACUGUUAACGAAUUGCCUUUAUUACUUAUUACCUCACCAGAUAUUAUUAUUACAGCACUUAAGAAUCAAAUUAACUCUGAACAAUAGAUUUUUUUGUCUUCCUGUCUAUGCCGCUGCUAUGUUAGUGUUGCUGCCAUGCUAAGAAUGGUCCACUACCCAAUUAAUAUUUGGUCAGCAGUGGUCCCUUUCCAUUAAUGGAUGUGGUAGAAGGGGUGCAAUAACAGAUGGGCUACAGUCAACAACUGUAAACCUACACAGUGUACCUAUAUAGUAGGUGUUUCUGGUAAAACGGCCAGUGAAUGUGGGUACAAGGUAGGUGUUUCUAAUAAACUGGCCACUAUUAAAAAUACUGUAA